AUGGCCAUAAUUGGCAAGAUUAUAAGCAGCUUAAAGCACACAUAUGUGUGUGUCCGGAGGAAUCACAUGGAUUUCCACGGCCAGAAGCUCGCAUUUUUAAUAAAGAAUAUCGUGUUCACCCUCAGCACAGUUGUUUCCAUUGCAGUUGGUUAUUACAAGCAGGACUUAGCCUUGAGUGCCUACAUCAUUUUGGCCGGUACCGUCUUGUCUGCACUGCUAAUCAUGCCCACGUGGCCCAUAUACAAUAAGAACAACAUUCAGUGGGAAAGUGUAGAUGAGUCCACGGAUGAUAGGAAGCGAAGAUAA